AUGGCUUCUCCCAUUUCUCCGCUCGAAGUCAUCGAAAUAGUGAACUUUGCGUUUCAGUUGUGUAAGAAUUGUAAAGCUGCAAAAGACGAUUGGAUUCAAGUAGGGAAGGAGGUCAACGCCGCCCAUUCCGUCGUGCAGCUGGUUCAGAUUCAAGUCGACGACCGAACUUCCAUUAUUAACACAUUAGACGACAAGAAAAAGACAACUAGUAAGCAAUUAGGCGUCCAUGUUCGAAAUUGUUAUCAAGCUCUCAAGGACGUGGAUAAGGCUCUGAAACGGUACAACCAGAUGAGCGGUCUGCAACAAUGGAAAUGGGCAUGGCAUGGGAGUGAUGAAGUCGAUGAUCUAAUGGCCAACGUCUCUUCAUUUUCAACGCAGCUUGACAGCUUCGUCAAUGCUGUAAAUUUGAAAGGCAUCAAUGCGAUUUAUCAGAAACAAAAGAGCCUUCGUGUCGGUAUAGGCCGAAUUGAGCAAGCCCUUGAGCUGAAUGGUGGUGAUACGAAAGAUGCCGUGAAGAACGCCAUGGAAGACGUCGAAAGAACUAGUAAGUCGCAAAAGCAUUGUGAGAAGUAUAAAUCGAUUCUGGAGGAUUAUGCGGAAGAGGUCAAAAGGGAGGACAGGGAGAAACGCACCGACGAAAAGCAGAAAGACCAGAGAGGUCGUAGGUUAUCCAGCAGCACACUUGCACCUCCGAAAAACAAAGACCGUCCACAAUCUGCAGGUACUGCGACAAAGAGAGAUCAAAAGUCAUCAGUCAAGCCAGUUGAAAGGCCAAAAUCUUCGGGAAACAUGAAACCAAAAUUCACAUUAGAGUGCUGGUUGGUACAAAUCAAGUCGGGAGACGCACUAAUCGUAUCAUGGCAAUUUUCGGAGAAGGAAAUUCAACCCCGUGGUCAAUAUAGACUCCAACAGAUGGCAAAGCAAUUUCGACAGAGCAAAGGCUCAAAGCUCCGUGACAGCCACGAUCUAGUCGGCUGGGUGGUCAAAGACCGACAGAAGGCCGAGACGGAUCCAAGAUAUCUGUGGCAGCCUUACGCGGCAAAGAUAGAAGCGAAAGGCGAUCUUUCGCUGAACAUGGGAGUCGAAGAGCAAGCUAUGGUCAUUAUCAAGCGCGAUUUGACCCCUGAGGAAAAGGCGAAGAAGGAAGCGAAAGAGAAGAAGGCACGGGCUGAGAAAGAGGCGUCGAAAAAAAAAGCCAAAUCCAAAGCUGACGUACAGAAAGAAAAGGAAGCAGCGAAACGGCAAACGGCCAAGGACGACAAGACGAAGAAGGAGACCGCAAAGAGAAAGGCGGAGAUCGAGAAGCUGGGGCGGCAGGUAGAGCAAUUACAGAUGGACCAGAAGCAGAAGGGCGACGGCAGCUUGAAGAAGCCAAUUAAUCAGAUGAAUGGUGACACCAAAAACAAAAGCCCGAGUCCAAAUCCAGAUCGGAAGAAGAGGAAGUCCGUAUCAGAAGCGAAACCAGGCCAUGACUGA